UUUACAUUGUUCAUUGUUUACGUACUUGUUAUUUGACCGUUAUUUGCACAUAAUGAGUUUUGUGGGCAGUAGUUAGCAAAAGUAUGUCGGGUAUGACAAAAAUUUUAGAAACAUAAAGCUUGGUUCCGAAAUCAUGUUUAAGAAAAUUUGCAAUCGGCAACGGCUGCAGUACAGGCCUGCAACUGGAGCUUCCCCUCCGGCUCUCCCCAUUUGCCCCACGCCCGCUCGAGUGCAAUAGAAGCUCCUUCUGUGUUGCAUCCCUCUCCCUCCUUGCUGAACCUCACCUUCAGAUGAAUAUGUUAAGUCUGGAACUUCAUGGCUUUUCUCCUCUACAUGCAAGUUAUGAUCAUAAAAGCCACUCAAAAAGGCAACUAUAUGUGGCAGCUUUAGACAAUGUGGUGAAGGAUGAGAAGAAUACUUCUAGAAGUGGUUGUGUGAGGAGAAGGUGUGAAUGCUAUGACUUGCACAACGAACUUAUUCCUUACGACAGGGCAUGGUUGUGGCAAAAAUCAAUAGUCCAGAAGAAGCAGAGUUUGAUGGUGAAUGACAAAGAUGACUCAGACUUGGUCAUUGUCCUGCAACAUCCUUCAGUUUAUACAUUGGGCACUGGUAGCUCAGAUAAAUUUUUGCAUUUCAGCCUAGAGGAUCCUCCAUAUGAAGUAUACAGGACUGACCGUGGUGGCGAGGUUACAUAUCAUGGUCCAGGGCAGCUUGUUAUGUACCCAAUCAUCAAUCUGAGGUACCACAAGAUGGAUCUCCACUGGUAUCUUAGAUCACUGGAAGAGGUAAUUAUCCGAGUUCUGUCAUCAUUUUCAGUUAAAGCAUCGAGGAUUGAUGGCUUAACCGGUGUUUGGGUUGGCAAUCAAAAGGUGGCUGCUAUUGGUAUUCACGUGUCUAAGUGGAUAGCUUAUCAUGGCCUGGCACUGAAUGUUGCCACUGACCUCACUGCCUUCAGGCACAUUGUUCCCUGUGGUAUAAGCAACCGUGAAGUUGGCAGCCUCCAAGACAUUUUGGGAGGAUCUACUAUAUGUGACUCAGAUGAGCUAAUGAAUAUCACAUAUAAAGCUUUGCUUGAGGAAUUCUGCGAGGUUUUUGAGUUUAACUUGCAGCCAAACGCUUCAUAUUUUGGGUCACUUCUAGUGGUAGAUUAAAGAAUCUGAUAUGACCUGCGCUUGAAGACCUAUCCUUUUCUAGUGUGAAGUGUGCACAUGUAUCCUCACAUUUUUUGUGGUAAGUCAGAAGAUCUUGCCUUUCUUAACAGAAGACAUUUGGACAAGCUAAAGCUUGUUCCAAAAGAUCUUCCACAGGAGUUACCUGUCCUCCAUGCAUUCUUGUCUUUGUGAAGGGGUUGAGACUCCUUCCUGGACUAGCUUCACACAAAUGAUGGAGGUGGCACCAGUAAUUGUUUGGUGACAUGAAAGGCAACAAAGUAAAUACAAAUCCAUGGAUGACCCUGCCCGGUGAGUAGUUGUAGUGGCUUAGCGAAGACUAAUUAAAUUUUACUGGUUAUUCAGCAUUAUCUGUUCAAUCUUUAUGAAGAACCAGUAACAUGAUUGAUUAAAAAUAUGUUCACUA